AUGGGAGGCCUUUUCGGAGAUCCUACUCGACUGGACGCGCGGCGACCGCACACAUCAUCGGAGUUCGAUAGUCUCAGGUGCAGCAUGGUCGAUGAAACGAAAUACAGCGUCCCGGUCUCGAUACCAGAGCACUUGGCAUCCUUCUCUGCGCAUCGAGGCAGAGAAUUUAUCAAGGCUUUCCUCGAUAUUGUGCUGGGUCACUACAUCGCAUGGGCCAAUGGCAGGAUAUAUCAUCGUGAUAUCAACCUCACCAACACCCUGUACAGACGCGUAGCAGGCGAGGUCUACGGUGUUCUCGACGACUUCGAUCUCGCCUCAAAUGAUUCCCGGUCAGACGAGGACGUGGAAAGGCUUGAGCGCACUGGUACACUCCCAUUCAUGGCCUUGGACCUCCUCCAGGCACGUUCUCAGAACGAGACCUUGCCGCAUCUUUACCGUCACGACCUAGAGGCCUUCUACUGGAUGCUGAUAUGGACUUGCAACUGCAUCUACGAUGGACAAGAAGAUUUAGAGGGUGAGAGGGCGGUGUUUAGACGCUGGUGGAAAGGCGAUCACGCGUGGAAACUGCAAUGGGAGAAAAGCGGUCUGAAAAUGCGGGGCAAGUUAGUGCAGCCUUCGCAGAAGGCGCUAUGGAUCAUAGCAAACCACUGGGUACUGGACUCUACAGAACGUGUACGCGUUGAAAUUGUGCGGCUUAGCAACAGGGGGUCGCAAAAGCUUUAUGAGACAGACCCCAAGGCCAGCUGGCACGCUUUCCUCAACGUUUUGAGUUCGGAGGAGCUGAGGGAGGAUCUGGAGGUGGUUGGAGUUGAAGGGGAGUUUCUUUGGUCUGCUAUCCAGACCUUCGUGAAGGACGCCGAGGCGUAG